AUGACCAUUCUCUCAACUUUCAAGCUAUUGAUCUACCUGCUGUUCCUAUGGUCAAUGAAGAGCAAUGGCCAAAAUAUGACUGGAAACACAAUUCUACCCAUUUCAGAUACUUCAACUUGCACCCCAUUGACUGUUGAUGCCAUCUUUUGUGAAAACACUGGCUAUUAUGCAGAAGCUGUUACCUAUUUGCCGAAUGCAAGAGGUCACGAAACACUACAGAUGGCUGCUGCGGAGUUAAACGAUUUCAUUGGACUUGUCAACAGUAACUGUUCCAAUGCAAUUUCAUUUUUUCUUUGUGCUUUCUAUGUGCCAGCAUGUUUCGAAGUUCCCAGUCCGGGAUCGAAUGUUUUGUUUAAGCCUUGUCGAAAUCUUUGUGAGUAUGUGCAAUCUCGGUGCGAAUCUGUACUUGUGUCAAAUGGAUAUGAUUGGCCGCCGUAUUUCAACUGCUCACUAGAUACUUUUGCCGAAACACCAACCUGUUUCGGACCUCCCGAUCCAAGUAUUCUUGAUCCCUCAGGCACUACACAAGCAACAGAUCCCAUUUCAUCCACCUCUGAGCCAAGUACCACAGCGGUUACCGAUACUGUGUUACCUACAAGUGGUGCUGUCAUGACGCAAUCAAGUCUGCUAUUCUCACUCUCUCUGGUGCUAAGUGUUUUAAUGGUAUUCAAGUUCCAAUACUGA